AUGAAGCCUCAGACCGAGCACUUCGAGGGCGAAAAGCAGGAGCACCCACACUCCACUCACCAAGAGAACCAAGAUCUCGAGAAUGCUCUGGUACAAGGAAACCACGACGUCCCAGAAGAAAUUGCUCUGCUCACACCCGAGCACCGUGAAUACCUCCUCCAACGCCACGGCACCUUGAACCUGGAGCCAAUCCCUGACAUGACCGAUGCCGACCCCUACAACUGGCCGCGGUGGAAGAAAACCUCAAACCUCAUCCUAGUCUCUUUCCACGGCAUGAUGGGCACAUUCACCGCCGCAUCGAUUCAAAGCGCAUUUGUGCCCAUGUCCGAGGACCUGGGGGUCAGUCUCCAGCGAACCAGCUACCUCGUCUCGCUGUUCAUCGCAAUCCUCGGCGGUGCUCCCCUUUUCUGGCGCCCGCUGUCUAAUCGCUACGGGCGACGGCCUAUUUUCCUGAUUUCUCUCGUCUGCAGUCUGGUGGGCAAUGUUGGCUGCGCGAAGAGUCCUACCUACGCAACCAUGGGUCUCUGCAGGGCUAUCACGGCCUUCUUUAUUAGUCCUGCUAUCGGGAUCGGGAGUGCCGUUGUGGCGGAGACCUUCUUCAAGAAAGACCGUGCCCGAUGCAUGGGCGUUUGGACCUUGAUGGCGACUUUGGGUGUGCCUGUCGCCCCGCUUAUAUUUGGAUUUGUGACGUUGCGGGUGGGAUAUCGAUGGAUCUUCUGGAUCCUGGCAAUUACCAACGGCGUCCAGCUCCUACUCUACAUCUUCCUGGGAUCCGAAACCCUCUACAUGCGAAAACCCACCCCAGGCGGCCCCCAACAGACCAACCCCCGGCACCACCGCCUCUCCAUCCUCAAACCCAUCGACCCGACCCCCCUCCGCCUCUACGACUUCCUCUCGCCCUUCACCCUCGCCCUCCGCCCCUGCAUCAUGAUCCCCGUCGCCGCCUACGCCAUGGUCUUCCUCUUCGCCAGCGUCUUCGUCUCCAUCGAAAUCCCCCAAGUCUACCCAGAAAAAUUUAACUUCAACGCCCAGCAAGUCGGCCUCCAAUUCAUCAGUAUGAUCGUCGGCUCUGUCCUGGGCGAGCAGAUCGGCGGCUACGCAUCCGACCAAUGGAUGUGGCAGCGCCAACGCCGAAUCCACCAGAUGCCUGCACCAGAGUACCGGCUUUGGCUGGGGUAUAUCGGCCUUGCGCUGACAUGCUGCGGGAUGGUGGUUUUUCUGGUCCAGCUGGGGAAUUCAGAUACGUGGAACGUCACGCCGCUGGUGGGCGCGGCGAUCGCGGCGGCGGGGAACCAGAUCGUCACGACGGUGAAUGUUACGUACGCGGUGGAUUGCUAUCGCGAGGAUGCGGCGAGUAUUGGCGUUUUCGUGACGUUCGUGAGGCAGAUCUGGGGGUUUGUGGGGCCGUUUUGGUUUCCGCAGAUGUUGGAGAGUGUGGGGUAUAAUGGGAGUGUGGGGGUCGUGCUGGGUCUGAUUAUGGGAGUUUCGGUCAUUCCGACGAUUUUGCUGCAUUGGAAGGGUCGGGCUUGGAGAUAGGCGAGUAGAUAUUGUGGAGCGUAUGGACUGAUCUGGCUUCCUGCUUAAUAUAAGCCUCGAGGAUAUAAUGAGAAAACAACAUGGAAGACAUCUCUCUGAUAAAUAACAAAGGCCAUCUCACAUUAUAUACUAAUCAAGAACCCCUCAUCCCAAUAUCAUGCAAUAUGCACCCCCAACCAACUCCAAAAAAAAAAAAAAAAAAAUAGAAUCGUACUCCCCACUCCCCAAGAAACCCAUCCCACAUCAACCCAUCUACUCCCUCUUCACCUUCGUCACAUGCACCCAAACAUACACAAACGGGAAAAUCGUCUCCGGCACCAACGUCCAGACAAUAAUCCCCACACUCCACAACGAAGCCACAUACCCCCAGUUCUGGGGGACAUUCCAGUAUCGCCAGAAGAACACCCCGUAGGCAGUAAAACAGCCCAGAUAGCGGGUGAGCCUGGAUCACCAGUCAGCCAAGUUCAUACCCACCCACACACCCACCCACAUCUAC